AUGCGCAGAAACAACGGGUGGGAUGGUUUGCCAGACUCUGCAUAUCAUAAAGAACUAAGACUCAUCCUGGUUGGUAAAACAGGAUCAGGAAAUAGUGCGUCUGGAAACACCAUUCUGGGGGAUUCAAACGCUUUCAAAGAGGACAUGUCACCUGAGUCUGUUACUGACGGCUGUCUCAGAAAAGAGAUAGAAAAAAGUGGAAGAAAAAUUGUUGUGAUUGACACUCCAGGGCUGUUUGACACAACCCAAACACAAGAUGAAGUGAAAGCAAAAAUUGAGGAGUGCAUUGAACAGUCAGUCCCUGGACCCCAUGCUUUCCUUUUAGUCAUCAGCCUGAAGUCAAGGUUCACACAAGAGGAACAGGAUGCUGUGAGGUGGAUUGAAGAUAACUUUGGUUCAGAGGCUUCCAUAUACAGCAUAGUUCUGUUUACACAUGGUGACCUGCUGCAGGAUAAAUCAGUGGAAGACUAUGUAAAAGAAAGUAAACAUCUACAAAGACUGAUAAACAAGUGUGGAGGAAGGUACCAUUCACUCAUCAAUAAGCAGAAAGAAAGCAGAAAACAGGUCAAAAAUCUUCUAGAUAAAAUUGAGGAAGUGGUGGAAUUUAAUGGAGGAAGUCACUACACCAAUGAAAUGUAUGAGACAGCCCAGAAGAGACUUGAAGAAGAAAGGGAAAAGAGGAAGAAGGAGGAAGUGCAAAGAAAAAGGGAAGAAGAGGAGAGGAUUAAAUUAAACGAGAGGCGUAAAAUGAUAUUGUAUACCUCUGCAGCACUUUUGGGUGCAGGGCUGUUUUAUACCUCACCUCUUCUCAUGGAAGUAGCUUCAGGACAUGGCUUUAAUUGCAUAAUAAGUAUGCUUACUUGGGCCUUACACCUUUACAAAACAAAAAGGCCAAUAUAUAAUGGGUAACACACUGGGCAUCAAAUCCUUGUCAUCUGGGAUUAGGUGGUUUUAAAUUAUGUUUCAAUUCACUUUAUAUUUACUUUAUGUUACAUUUAUUUCUAAUCUAAUGUGACUGUUUUUUUUA